AUGGCUGAAAAACAAGUUCAAUUUUCUUUAGUACCCAAAAUUGUAAAUGGUGGUAUCGCCGGUAUCAUUGGCGUUACAUGUGUCUUUCCACUGGAUCUCGUCAAAACCAGACUACAAAAUCAACAAAUAGGACCCAAUGGCGAGCGAAUGUACAAUAACAUGGUGGAUGCUUUCCGAAAAACCUAUAGAGCUGAGGGAUUUCUCGGCAUGUAUAGAGGAUCGGCUGUCAAUAUUCUCUUAAUAACCCCCGAAAAGGCUAUAAAACUAGCUGCUAAUGAUUUCUUUAGAUACCAUUUACAAACCAGAGAAAAAACGCUUCCAAUACUUCGGCAGAUGCUAGCUGGUGGUCUAGCUGGUCUCUGUCAGAUUGUCAUUACAACUCCUAUGGAGUUACUGAAGAUUCAGAUGCAAGAUGCUGGAAGAGUAGCGGCACAAGCUAUUCUAGUUGGUAAAACUGUCCAAAAAGUCUCGGCUACCGAAUUAGCACUCGGUUUAUUCAGAAAGCACGGUAUCAUUGGCUUGUACAAAGGCACUGGUGCGACCAUGUUGAGAGAUGUUUCUUUUUCUGUGAUAUAUUUUCCUUUGUUUGCAACUCUGAAUGAUUUAGGACCUAGAAAAAGCGAUGGAUCGGGUGAAGCCGUUUUUUGGUGCUCUUUCUUAUCUGGUUGUGCAGCGGGUUCUAUGGCUGCACUGGCUGUGAAUCCUUUCGACGUUGUUAAGACUAGAUUACAAGCUAUUACCAAGGCUGAAGGCGAGAGGUCAUACUCUGGCGUAGUAAAUGCUUUUGUUAAUAUCCUGCGGUACGAAGGACCAACAGCUUUCUUCAAAGGAGGAGCUUGCCGUAUGAUCGUCAUAGCACCGCUGUUUGGUAUAGCUCAAACAGUGUACUAUCUAGGAGUAGCAGAAAGUUUGCUAGGUUACCAGAGAGGUUGA